AUGGACUCUUCGCCCUCCUCUUUCUUGGAUCGCCUCACGUGGAAUGCGCCCGCCGUAAGCAUCGUUUCCCAUCCCUCCAAUCUGUCACUCUGUGCCCUCUCGCUGCCCUCGCUGCCCUCUCGCUGCCCCAUUCACCCACGCGGCAGUCGCGCGGCCUCGUCGCGCGGAGCUGCUGAGCAACACGCGCCUGCUCCCCUCGUCCGCAUUCUCUCUCCUCUCUUCUUCCUCCCCUGUUCCGCGCUUCGCCGUCUCGCCCUGCGCCCUGCGUGCAUCCACUCCCCGCACCUCCCAUCCGCCGUUUUCCCGUUUCCCGUCGUCCCGCUUCCCCUUUCCUCCCCCCACACCCCCAUUGGCGGGCGGGGCGAGCAGGAGGAGCGCGUGGACGAGGGGCAGGCGGAGGCAGCAGCGCCGGUGGCGAGGGAAGUGAGGCGCGCCGAGGUGAGCUCGAUGAUGCUGGCGGGCGCUGUGCGGGGAGGAGGGGGGAGGGGCCACGGUGGGGAUGAGAUGGGUGGGAGAGCAGGGCAGGUGGAUGAGAGUCAGAGUGGUGCAGUGACAACCCUCUCUGUUGACAUGCACACAUGCCUUGCUCCUCCCACUCCCCGUGCCCUGCAACCCUGGAUGGCAGGCUGUGAGCUUUCUGCCCUUCCCUACCGAAGCCAUCACUCUGGAGCGCGGCCUCACUCUGCUCAAGGUACAACGUGCCGUGACGCCUGUUAG